GGGCCCCGGAGCUCGCCGGAGCGGGGCGGGUGUGGGAGCAGGGCCGCGCGGCCAGGGAACGCCUCUCGGGAGGCCCGUUGGGGCGGGACGCGGCCAGCGCGGCGUCGGCGCCUCGGAGCCCCCGAGCGCUGCGCGUUAGCUGCCAGAGCUGGUCUCGGCGGCCUUCUCACCCCUGAGCGCGCAGUUCCUCUAGGACGGGCGGCCUCGGAGCGUUAGCUGCCCCCGGCGGGCUCAGCGCCGACCCGGGACCCAGAACCACCUCCUCCACCCCGCGCGCCCCCGGCUGUGUCCACGUUCAGCACCCGCGCGCCCUGUAACGGGUCAGAGGCCCGAUGCCGCCCGCCCCGCCGCUGUCGCCUUUUGAGCCAGGGUCUUGCUGAGUUGCCCCGGUGUCUGGGGCUUCAGGCUGCGCCACCUCUCCUGCAUUGUUACGAGGUUUCUCCCCUGUUCCAUAAAGCCUCAAGGCCUUCAUCAUGGAUUUCCAGCAUCGACCUGGGGGGAAGACGGGGAGUGGGGGUGUGGCCUCCUCCUCUGAGAGCAACCGUGACCGUAGGGAACGCCUCCGACAGCUGGCCCUGGAAACCAUUGACAUCAACAAGGAUCCGUAUUUUAUGAAAAACCACCUGGGAUCAUAUGAAUGCAAACUCUGCCUGACGCUUCACAACAAUGAGGGCAGCUACCUCGCGCACACCCAGGGGAAGAAGCAUCAGACCAACUUGGCCCGGCGAGCAGCCAAGGAGGCUAAGGAGGCCCCUGCCCAGCCAGCACCCGAGAAGGUCAAGGUGGAGGUGAAGAAGUUUGUGAAGAUUGGCCGCCCAGGCUACAAAGUGACCAAGCAGAGGGACACGGAAAUGGGCCAGCAGAGCCUCCUGUUCCAGAUCGACUACCCUGAGAUCGCCGAGGGCAUCAUGCCUCGACACCGCUUCAUGUCUGCCUACGAGCAGCGGAUCGAGCCCCCAGACCGGCGCUGGCAGUACCUGCUGAUGGCUGCUGAGCCCUACGAGACCAUCGCCUUCAAGGUGCCAAGUCGAGAGAUAGACAAGGCUGAAGGCAAGUUUUGGACUCACUGGAACAGGGAGACCAAACAGUUCUUUCUUCAGUUUCACUUCAAGAUGGAGAAGCCUCCAGCCCCACCCAGCCUCCCCGCAGGGCCUCCGGGGGUGAAGCGGCCACCACCCCCACUGAUGAAUGGUCUGCCUCCCCGGCCACCACUGCCAGAGUCUUUGCCCCCGCCCCCACCAGGAGGCCUGCCCCUGCCUCCCAUGCCCCCCACUGGGCCUGCACCUUCGGGGCCCCCCGGGCCUCCCCAGCUGCCUCCACCAGCUCCUGGCGUCCAUCCUCCAGCACCAGUGGUACACCCCCCCACAUCUGGAGUUCACCCCCCUGCUCCUGGGGUCCACCCUCCAGCUCCUGGGGUCCACCCCCCAGCACCAGUGGUUCACCCACCAACAUCUGGGGUCCACCCCCCUGCUCCAGGGGUCCACCCCCCUGCUCCAGGGGUCCACCCCCCAGCCCCAGGGGUCCACCCUCCAGCCCCAGGGGUCCACCCUCCCCCAACGGCUGGGGUUCACCCCCAGGCCCCAGGAGUACAUCCCCCUGCUCCCGCGGUUCACCCUCAGGCCCCGGGAGUGCACCCACCAGCUCCUGGGAUACAUCCCCAGGCACCUGGGGUCCACCCCCAACCUCCUGGGGUCCAUCCUGCAGCUCCUGGGGUCCACCCUCAGCCUCCUGGAGUUCAUCCGUCAAAUCCUGGGGUGCACCCCCCAGCUCCUAUGCCUCCGAUGUUGAGACCCCCUCUCCCCUCCGAAGGCCCUGGGAACAUCCCUCCCCCUCCCCCAACCAACUGAUAGGCUGCCUCUUGUAUAUCUGGUUUCCUGUUUCCCCACAUAAAGAAGUUCUGAGCUUUUGUACUGUCCCUAGAGCCCAUUAAACAGAUUCCCGUGUCUGCAGUGGA